AUGCCGGCGGGAGUCUCGACUAAGGAAUACGUUAAGUUUAUGGCGGCAGCGCUGUUUUCGAUGUUUGCCGGUUCUCAGCUUGUGCACACGUACUACAAUCCGUUGAAGGAUUUGAACUACUAUAUUGACAAGGAAAUCAAUUCCCAACGGUUACGGGAGGUGAAGCAAUCGGAUGUAGUUAGUAGCAAUGAAGGUGGAAUAAAAAAGUAAUAUUGUUUAUUUA